GGGGGAGUGUGGGAGGUUGCAGUUGUUAGGGAGAGGAGAAUACAUAAAGGAGAAGCAGGCAAGUGAGGAAGCAAGUGGAGGACCAAAAACAGCAGCGAGAGGAGCUUCUUAAAGCAUUUCAACUACCCAAACCUCAAGCAACAACAUCUCCAGGUUGUGUGAUGGCUGCCAGCAGACAUGUUCCCUUGAUGGUCAUCUGCCUGCUUCUCUUCAGUGGCUCCACUCCCCAGCCUACCACAAAACAAAAGCCGGAGGUCAAUCGGACGCGACCCCUCGGACCCUCCGAAGCCCUUGAGAUCCCCCCGGAUGAAUAUUAUGACACUGAGCAGGACGUUACUACCGUUGCAGCUCCGCAGCUGUCCACAGACAGAGGAACUUCGAAGAAAUGUGACUACAACCCCUGCAAGGAGGACCAGCCCGAUUGUAUUACGCUCAAAAUCCUCCAUCACUGCUCGUGUCCGGGGUCAACCUCUCACCUUGAGGCACCACAGCCUCCUUUGCUGAGAACGGCGAAGUGGAACGGGUCAAGCGUGGUCCUCAGCUGGUGUGCUCCUUCAUCCUUUGUGAAAGCCUACAGGGUGACGGUUGGCGGGAUCGAGAGGCAGAUGUUCGGAAAGGACAGACGCAGCGGAGGCGUGGGUCUCAUUGAGAACAUCUCAGAGGUUUGCGUGGUGGCGCUGAAUAACGCCGGAGAGAGCGAGGCCUCGUGUGUGACGUACCAGCCCAAGGACCGGAGCUUGUCUCUGACAGCGGGGCUCAUAGGAGGCGCUUUGGCUCUCUUGCUGCUCCUCUUGCUGGCUCUCCUGCUCUGGAGGCGUCGGCAGCAAAGGAAGCAUCAAAACAGCAUCUCCGUCAGAGGCACUGCUGAAACUUAAAUGACAACACACAAUUUCUUAUGAGACACCUUUGACGGCAAACUGGAACAAAUGUUUUUCUUUGUAAAUACAGCCACAAAAGAGCUCUUUUCUCUUUAUUUCUCAAAAGCCUGAUUCUGACAAGGAUCAUAUAUACUGCCCCUACAAAAAGAGUUCACUAUUUAAAAAAAAAACAUGACAGUUUAAAUGAAUGGGCAAUGAUCUGACAUAUAUGAUACAUAUUACAUUGUGUAACAGGAUACGCAAUAGAAACUAGGUGGGUGGAACAAUAGAAUAAAAAACAAUUGAGUCGACAAUAAAAUCAUGAAAACAUGAUUUUUUUUAAAUUAGAUUGUGCAUUUGUAAGCAAGUGGCUGGAGAGUGUUUUUUUUUUUUUUUUUACCAUGCAAACAGUUGCCAGCGAGAAACCGUUCACAAUGUGUGGGAGUGAAGUAUAGGUGCUAAUUCCUUUGCCAAGUUUUAGAGGAAAAAUAAAUCCGUGAUGACACAUUUUACAGAUAAACAGCAGACAGAUAAAUUUCUUUUUACAUAAACCAGAGCUGUGCAUGUUUCUGCAUGUAGAGUUGGGACCUCCAGACACUACAAGCAAUCUAAAUACUGAAUGGGACAGAUUCCAAAAAAAUAUAGCAGGGUUGUUUGUUCAGAGUAAACCCAUUUGUACGGUAAUGAUGUUGUCACUUGAGGUGAAACACAUGUAAAAGGUUAAAAUCGUAUUUAAGACCAAGAGGUAACUGGCAUGUUGAAAGUAUUAUAUAAACAUAAUGAAUGUAUUUAUAAUGUCAGAACAUUUUGGUGGCAUUGAUUGCAUGGUUUAGCUCUCUGUGAGAGAUUUGUUUUUGUUAAUAUGUGAUUUUUUUAAAUAAAUGCACACCAAACAAGGCUUGAUUCUGACUACUGCACUGUAAAUUUCUUAAUGGUUCUGACUAUUAAACAGCAUUCCACUCCAA